UUUAGCGGGGAGAGGCUGGUUCGUGGCGUAUUCACAGAUUUUAUGAUCGUCUCAUACAUGUAACGCAUAUUAUCUGCAUUGAGCCGAGUUUUCGCACGACAUGUUGCAUGUUUCAGUUGCCACCCUUCAGGACUUGUAGUCCGCGUACGCCUGCUGCGUGCGACCCUCUCCAAGAUGUUGGAAGGUGGAUAAGCCUGAUGCUAUGGGUGCUGCGUAACCCCGAAAGUCUGGCCACCAUAAUUUUUUUGGUCAGGCUGUCAUUUGAUGAGAGGGAAUAAUUUAAUGUAAUUAUUAUGAAGCUACUGAAGCCAGCAUGGGUUAGCCAUGAUGAGAGGUCCUUGUUUUGUGUGGACAUCCACCCAGAUGGCUCGAGGUUUGCCACAGGAGGUCAGGGGCAGGAUCGCACAGGCACGAUCGCCGUCUGGAACAUGGCGCCGGUGGAGAGCGAGCGCGCCGAGCUGGACGCGGCCGUCCCCCGCCAGCUGUGCCGCCUGGACGACCACCUGGGCUGCGUCAACUGCCUGCGCUGGUCGGCCGACGGCCGCCACCUGGCCAGCGGCGGCGACGACAAGCUAGUCAUGGUCUGGCGCCACACCAAGACGGGCGGCGCCGCGCCGUUCGGCUCCAGCCAGCCGUGCCUGGAGGGCUGGCGCGCCGUCACCACGCUGCGCGCGCACGACGGCGACGUCAUCGCGCUGGCCUGGUCGCCUGAGGACCGCUACCUGGCCACCUGCUCCGUGGACAACCUGGUGCUCGUCUGGGACGCCGCCCGCUGGGGCGACGUGGUGGCGCGCCUGCGCGGCCACACCGGCCUGGUGAAGGGCGUCGACUGGGACCCGGUCGGCCGGUACCUGGUCUCGCAGUCGGACGACCGCACGCUGCGCGUCUGGCGCACGGCCGACUGGCAGGCGGAGACGGUGGUGGUCGACCCGUUCCAGUGUACCGGCGGCACGACGGCCGUGCUCCGCUGCGGCUGGUCACCCGACGGCAGGUACAUCGUGUCGGCGCACGCCAUGAACAACGGCGGUCCCACCGCCCAGAUCGUGGACAGGAACGACUGGACGACCAACAAGGACUUUGUCGGCCACAAAAAGGCCAUCACCUGCGUGCGCUUCAACGGCGCCAUGCUGCAGCGGAGCCGCGGUGUCGGCCAGAAGCCGGAGAUGUACUGCGCAUGCGCGCUGGGCUCGCGCGACCGCGGCCUCUCCGUGUGGCUCACCUGCCUGCGGCGGCCGCUGGUGGUGCUGCACGAGCUGUUCGACGACUCGGUGAUGGACCUGAGCUGGCACCCGGCGCGCCGUCUGCUGAUCGCGUGCAGCAAGGAUGGCACCGUGGCCUGCAUCAGCUUCAGCGCCGAGGAGCUGCUGGGCGACUACAUGACGGCGUCCGAGCAGCGCGCGCUGCACCAGCGGCUUCGCAAGCAGAUCGAGUGUCGGACGCCGGACGGGAAGCGGCGCAUCACGCCCAUGUUCGUCCCGAGCCAGGACGUGGCGACGGAGGGCCCGGCUCCGUUCGCCUCGGAGCGGCCCUUCACCAGCUCCUCCGGCACCAGUCCGUCGGUGAUGGUGGAGAAGAGGGACCAGGUGGUCACGCCCCAGGUGAAGCGGCGACCGGACCGCGACCUUCGGGCGGCGGCCAAACGGCUGCGAGCCUCGCCUCCGGACGGCCAGCCGGUGCUGGUGCUGUCGACGGGACGGGCGUACCUCUACAGCAGCAAGCUGGCCGCCUGGCUCCUGCUCACAGACUGCGGCGCGCCGGGCGCCGGCGCUGGCCUGGCCGCCGACGCUAGCGCCGCCUACAUCGACUCGCAGGUGGCGGCGGCCGUGGCGCUCGGCUCUCCCGCCGAGUACCGGCUGUGGCUGGGGGCGCUGGUGCGGCAGCUGACGGCGCGCGGCGAUGAGCGCCGGCUGCGCGACCUGCUGCAGCAGCUGCUGGGGCCGGCCCACUCCGGCGCCGCGCUCAGUCACUGCCCGCCCACCGAGCUGGGCCUCGACCGCCGCCAGCUGCUCAGGGAGCUGCUGCCGCUGCUGGUGUCUGAGCUCAGCGUACAGAGGCUCUACACCGAGAUCAAGGACCAGCUGGACUGUCUGGAGCUGGCCGCCUCGCUCUAGCCGCCGCCAGCCGGCGCGUGCUGGGCAGGGAUCAGCGGCGCGGAACCGGGCGACAGUCACGGGCCGGUCCUGGAGAGAGUGUGGCGCUCCGAUACACACUCACCUCAACUGGCUGGAUCGGGCCUGGCCGGCCCGAGCCUGGAGAGGGUGUGGCGCUCCGACACGGGCUGACCUCAACUGGCCGGAUCGAACCUGACCGAGCCUGUCCUGGAGAGGGUGUGUGCUCUGGCACGGGCUGACCUCGACUGGCCGGAUCGAACCUGACCGAGCCGAUCCUGGAGAGGGUGUGUCGCUCUGGCACCGGCUGACCUCAACUGGCCGGAUCGAACCUGACCGAGCCUGUCCUGGGGAGGGUGUGUCGCUCCGGCACCGGCUGACCUCAACUGGCCGGAUCGAACCUGACCGAGCCGAUCCUGGAGAGGGUGUGUCGCUCUGGCACCGGCUGACCUCAACUGGCCGGAUCGGGUUUGACCGGGCUGAUCCUGGAGAGGGUGUGGCGCUCCGACACGGGCUGACCUCAACUGGCCGGGUAUUGGACCUGAUCACGCCGCAUUAGAUAUCCUCAUCAGACGUUACCUCAUCCGACCUGACCCGACCCGACCUGAGCUGACCUGGGACGGCGCCAGUGGGCGUACCCGGCGCGGGCAUCCGAGCACGCAGCUGGCGCGGGCCGGCAGGCCGCCACGGGAGGGCGGCUCGGUCGAGGCGCGCACCUCACAGUGGGCAUUCCCCGCGGCCCGUGUGGAGCCGGCGUCACCCCGACCCCAGCACGGAGCGGAUA